AUGGUUUGCGGGAAGCGCCUGCGGGCUCUGGGCCGUGCUGCUCCGGGCCGAGGAGCUGGGCUGUGCCGCUGCCUGUCCCUUUCCCGGGAGUCAGCUAAAAACCCUUCUCGGGGAUCCCUGGGAGAUGCCCGUGCGGAGCAGCUGCGCUCCCCGCUACUGCCUUCCGCGUCCGGUUCCCAACCGUUUUCUUCUUCAGAUUUCCUCUUCAAGUUCCUUGUGAUAGGAAGCGCUGGAACAGGGAAGUCCUGCCUCCUCCAUCAGUUCAUAGAAAACAAAUUCAAACAGGACUCGAAUCACACGAUUGGCGUGGAGUUUGGCUCCAAGGUCGUUAACGUAGGAGGGAAGACAGUGAAACUGCAGAUCUGGGACACAGCUGGGCAAGAAAGGUUCAGGUCGGUGACUAGAAGCUACUACCGCGGUGCAGCUGGAGCGCUGCUUGUGUAUGACAUUACCAGCCGGGAGACCUACAACGCGCUGACCAACUGGCUCACGGACGCACGCACUCUCGCCAGCCCCAACAUCGUCAUCAUCCUCUGCGGGAACAAGAAGGACUUGGAUGCUGACCGGGAGGUGACGUUCCUGGAGGCCUCGCGCUUCGCCCAGGAGAACGAACUCAUGUUCCUGGAGACCAGUGCCCUGACGGGAGAGAAUGUAGAAGAAGCCUUCUUAAAAUGUGCAAGGACCAUAUUAAACAAAAUUGAAUCAGGUGAGCUUGACCCGGAGAGGAUGGGCUCAGGGAUCCAGUACGGAGAUGCCUCCUUGCGCCAGCUGAGGCAGCCGCGGGGAGCUCAGGUGCAGACCAAGCAGCAGUGCAGUUGCUAGAGGCCGGCUUGGGCAUGCCUAGGAAUCCGUAUGCAAGGUGAGAUGGCCGCGAUGCGCCCGGGCUGGGGCAGCCUCGGCGUCGGGCUGGCUGCUCCCGAGCCCGCCGGGCAGGGAAGCCUCCCUGCUCCUGCUCA